ACAGAAAAAAUGAAGAAACAUUCCACGAAUUUGAGAGUGCGGCUUCCUGCACUUGUGUUUGCGCUGGAGGUCAUGAUCGUGGUACUAUAUAUUGUCUUUGUGACCUACGAUGACCAAACCAAUGCAUUUCUGCAGAACAAUGAGACAAAGCCAUUGGAGAACGCUGUCUAUAAGGACUAUCCCUUUUUUGCGGAUAUCCAGGUGAUGAUCUUUAUUGGAUUUGGCUGUCUUCUGGCCUUCUUCCGGCAUUAUGGAUUUGGUGGAAUGGCCUUUAAUUUUCUGAUGGCGACAUUUGCCAUUCAGUGGGCCAUUUUGAUUCAGGGCUUUUUUCAAUUCUAUGACAAUGGAAAAAUCCAUCUGGGGGUGAUAAAUCUGGUCAACGCAGAGUUUGUUUGUGCCGUUGUGCUGAUCUCAUUUGGAGCAGUGCUGGGGAAGACGAGUCCUGUGCAGUUACUAGUCAUGGCCUUGUUGGAGGUUCCUGUGUUUGCUGUUGCAGAAUGGAUUGUUGUCAAGUACCUGAAGAUCAAUGAUGCUGGUGGCUCCAUCCUCGUUCACCUGUUUGCUUGCUACUUUGGACUGGGUACCACCUUCAUCCUGUAUAGACCAAGCCUGAACAAGGGUCAUUCAAAAGAAUGUACCAGCUAUCAUUCCGACAUGCUGUCUGUGUUGGGUACCUUGUUCCUCUGGGUUUUCUGGCCCUCUUUCAAUUGUGCACUGACCCUCAGAGGGGACGACCAGCACAGAGCCAUCCUCCACACUUUCAUAGGAUUGAGUGCCUCCACAAUAACUGCAUUUGCCCUCUCUGCCAUGCUCAGCAAGAAUGGAAAGCUUAGCAUGGCUGAUGUCCAGAACGUCACCUUGGCUGGUGGGGUCACUGUUGGUGCAUCGGUGGACAUGAUGAUCUCACCCGGUGCUGCUUAUGUGUUGGGGAUGCUGGGUUGCACUGCUUGCAUGCUGGGAUAUAAAUACCUGAGCCCUUUUCUUGCACAGAAAUUGCGCAUUCAGGACCAGUGUGGCAUUCACAACCUCCAUGGAUUAACUGGACUAAUUGCAACUAUAGCUGGAAUUUGUGCCAUCUUGCUGGCCAGUGAGGAGACAUACGGCACCAGCCUCUACCAGACUUUCUCUUAUCGUGCACCCCAGGAGGGAGACCCUCGUUUGGCGGAACUACAGAAAUUGAUCCCAGGAUUAGAGGCAGGCUUGGGCCGCACUGCACAGGAACAAGCCUUGUACCAACUGGCUGCACUGGGAACCGCCAUAGCUAUAGCUGCAGUGGGAGGUAUGCUGACCGGGCUAGUACUCAAGCUACCAUAUCUCGCCUCCCCCACUGACGAGUCCUGUUUUGAUGAUGAGAUCUUCUUUAAUGUUCCUCUACAUACUAAUUAUGUACCUGAGUUACAGGUCCCAGUGGGCUCAGAGAUGGAAAACAAGCAGGUACUAGCUAUGGAGUGCCGCACAUAAGGCACAAAAGAAACAGGCAAUGAGAAAAAGAGAGAGAACCCAGGCUCAUAGAUGUAUGAAAGUUUCACAAGCCUAGCAAAAUUGCUAACAUUAUGGUGCUGUGCACAAAUUAGCCCCUUCACCAAAUCACCCCUUUUUAAAAAAUUGUACUACUUUUGUCACAAAUUAAAUAAAAUGUUCUUUAUUUAGACUUGUAUAUAUCCAUUCAUAAAAGCACUUAAAGAAACAUACAGGUAAAGGAAAUAACUGAUUUCUCACAAAAGUGAGAAAUAUUAUACAUGGUGAUUUAUUAGAAAGGGUUUAUGGUAUGGGAAUGGUUAUUGCCUAAUUUGGUUUGAAGGCUUUUGGUGGUUGAAAAACUAUAUAUAAAACACUCCAGUUUUUACAAAUACUGACUAAAGUCAACCUUAUAAAGCUUAUCCAGAAACAUGAAAACAGUGCUGUGUAUCAUUCAUGAAUUUUUACCUUAUUUGAAGUACAGUAUCUCAGUAUUUUACUUCAUGUGACUUGAAAACAAUAAGUGUCUCCAUUUAUACAUUACACUAAACAUCCUGUAAAUUAGUGCUUUAUGUUAUAUCUUGACUGGCAGUAACCUUUCGUGUUAACACUUCUACAGUCUACUGAUUUACACAUAAUAAAACUGUAAAACGA